AUGAGCCUCCCAGGCACGAACGGUUGGAGACAGUUGAACGUUGCUGUAAUUGGCGGUGGCAUAGGCGGAUUGUCCACUGCGAUUGCGCUUCGUCGUGCGGGCCACGAGGUCACUAUUUACGAGCGAAACGACUUUGCUGGAGAGGCUGGAGCAUCAGUAUCAUGUGCAGCAAAUGGUACCAGGUGGUUGCAUGAAUGGGGCGUCGAUGUGGAGAAGGGCGAUCCCGUCGUUCUUAAGAGACUGAUCAAUCGAGAUUGGAAAACUGGAGAACCAGUUAGCAUAUACGACCUCGAUGAUUAUGAAGAGCGAUGGGGCUAUGUAUACAACAUGUUUCAUCGGCAAUAUAUGCACCAGAUGCUGAUGGACUGUGCAUUGCAAGAGAAGGGCGAAGGAAUAGCAGCAAAAUUGGUAGUGGACCAUCCGUGCCAAACCAUAGACCUCGAGUCGGGCUGGAUCACCUUCACCAACGGCUACAAGGCUCAACAUGAUUUGAUAAUCGGAGCAGACGGCAUAGGAUCAAUCACACGAAAGAUAAUUGGUCUUAAUCCAGAGAAACGACCAGCUGAGUCUAGCUGCUUACAUGCCAAUGUCAUGACAGAAGAUGCCAGGAAACUUGGCCUUGUGGACUACUCUUUGGACAGCGCACUAGAGUACUGGGGUGGCCAAGAAGGCAAGUGGGAUAAAAUUGUGCUUUCUCCAUGCAAUGGCGGUAACCUCCUUUCCUACUACUGUUUCUUCCCACGUUCAGUAGGAGAUUAUGCGAACCAUACGUGGGGCGGUGCCGAUCGACCAGUGGAGGAACUGCUUGCACCAUACCCUGAGCUUGAUGCGCAGGUGAAGGCGCAUCUUGCUAUAGGAAUCGAGAUACAACCCUGGCGGCUCUGGGUCCACGAGCCUUAUCCUUACGUUGUCAAAAGCACAGUGGCAUUGCUCGGCGAUGCUGCUCACCCGAUGAUGCCCCAUCAAAGUCAGGGAGCUUGCAUGGCUAUUGAAGAUGCCGCAGCGUUAGGCAUAUUGUUCAGCAAGAAAUAUUUCAAUGGAGACGUAAACGAAUCUCUGGCUGUGUAUCAAACCGUUCGCUUGCCCCGCGCAACGAAGGUUCAAUCCUCUGCUGCCAAGGCAGCUUAUAAUAUCAACGAACGCAUCGGCUUUUCGAGCAAUACAAAACUGUCGAACUACAAAGUGGAAGACGAACGGAAGAAAUUGACCAUUGAAGAGAUGAAUGCAUACGACAUGUACAAGGAUAUCGACCAGGCAUUUGCAGAAAGACGCGGAGAACCUUAUUCUGAUUCUUACAGCAGAGGGCUACCUUUUGGCCUUGAACUAUCAAACGGAAUCACUGUCGAUAAGUCUACACGGCUAUAG